AUGGACGACCAGCAAAAAUAUUUCGACAUGAUGAAUUCAAUAAGAAAAGGAGAUACGCAAAAAUUAAGAGACAUGAUAGACGAAUUUGGUUUUUCAUUCUGUCCAUUGUUGGAUGAUGGGAAUCGACUACUUACUGCUGCCGUUAGAAAAGAUCGAGUAAAAAUGGUGGCAUAUUUAUUGCAGAAAAAUGCAAAAGUUAACAGCGACCAUGAUGUCGUGUCACCUCUUCAGAUAGCCGCCAUGAAAAACAACACGAAAAUUUUCAAAAUGCUUCUGGAAAGUGGCGCUAAGAUAAGUUAUAACAAUAUUCAUAACAAUAAGUCACCAAUUAAGUUAGCAGUUGAGCACGACAAUAUUGAGAUCGCAAGACUUAUCGUUGAGCAUAAAAAUUUUGGACAAAAAUAUGAUCAGUCAUUACUGCAUGUGGCUGUCAAGAAUAACAGCCUCCCAAUGGUCUCAUUUUUAUUAAAAAUUGGUGCAGAUGUCAAUAAAUAUGAUGACGACAGAUCAGCUCCGAUCCAUCACGCAGUAAUGGCCCGCAACGAUGAUAUUUUGCACUUAUUGAUAGAUUAUGGAGCAGAUAUUAAUGCUAAAAAUAAAGAUGGAAAUACUCCAGUUUGUUUGGUUCUAAUGCAUUCGUAUCACUCAAUUUAUGGGUCUGAUAUUUUUGGAGGGUCUAUACCUGGCAAUCCAAUGAAUAGUAAAGUGGAUAUUCUCCUAGAUAAUGAUGCAGACAUAAAUGGUCUUAAUAUCCGUAAAUAUCUUCCACAUAGUAACCAUGGUACUCACAUGCAUCUUCAUACUAAUGGUCGUGUUGACGACGGUAGUUCGGAAAAUAAAAAACGCAUCAUUAAACAAAUUGUAAAGUUAAGGAGUCGAAAUGAACCUCUAUCUAAUAACAAUAAUAUUUUCUUGUCUUCUCUUAUUCAACACAAACCGUUUGAUGAUUAUAAAAAAAUAUGUGAGCAAGAAAUGUCGAGAGCAAUGAUGGAAAAAAUACCAAACUCAGGGAUUUCAUUUUAUAAUAUUUUGAGCAAAAAUAGUAAUUUUUUAGCUGCGUGUGCAAAAAAUAGAGCUCUUCAGACGUUCAUAUUUUCGGAUGUAAUUUCAGAUCGAUUUCCAGUUUAUGGAUCGGCUAUAAAACUUCGUUUUUCGAAAGGAGUAACAAGGAAAAAUUUACUGGAAAAAAGUACUGAAGUUUUUUAUGAUCUUUUUCCCGUUGCGUCUGAAUUGUUGUCUGAUGCCGUCGAUGAUGUAUUUAAAUGUUUAGAUAUUAAGGACUUAAGAGAUUUUUUGCGCAAGUUCCAACAAGAUAGUUAA